UCUCAAGUCGUGAUUUGGUAUUGUGGCAUUCUUCAAGUAAGAAAAGAUUUGCUGACAUCAAAAAAAMCCGGAAUAAUCGGAUUUUGGUGGAACAUUUGUCGUGCCCAGUGAUACUGCACAUUUUUGGAGGGGAUAAAAUUCCGUUGYCUCAUAUGCUUGCUACACACCAAAAGAGCCGCGAAAUCGCAGGGACAUGUAACGAUGUUAGUUAGCUGUAAGACCUAUCUGACUAUAGUAUUCACAUUCAGUCUCUUCCCAAACUCCUUCGAAUCAAGUCCAAACAGAACCAACGUGGACCGGAAACUAGCCCAAUUAUGUGGCGCGAAAAUCAGAGYACCCAAGACAAAAUUAAAACUUAACCAUGAGAUAUUUAACGUGAAUACAAACUCAAGUCCAACACACGUGAGACUGAUCAGACUUUACAGUAGGACGGGUUAUCUGAUGGAAGUUUGGGACAAGAAAAGGAUUCGAGGAACAACGGAUACAAGGAGCAAUCGAACGUGGUUUGAACUUCAGUCAUACGGUCGUAGUAUUGUACGAUUAAGAAGCAAGAAAACCGGCCGUUACCUGGCAAUAAACUGGCGAGGAAGACCAACCAUGCAGAUCCAUCGAAAAACGGACAGUCUGUUUAGGACAAAACUAGAGGACAACGGUUUUCACAGCUUCACAUCUCACAAGUACUACAGUCGCYAUCGUCACGACCUUUUUCUUGGCAUCAAGAAAAAUGGAUCCUUUAAAUCCCCGUUAUCUACUCUACCUGGACAAAAAUCCGUACAGUUUUUGGUGCUAGAAUAGUGAAAUCGGUUAGAACUGUAUUUUUCUAAGUUAUAUUUUUGUAAGUUAUGUAAGUGUUGAGUGUUAAAUGCGAUAAAUGUUUUUUUUAAAAAUCUCUCACAUGAUCAAUGUAUUUGUUAUUUAGUAAUAAAGCGUUUAGAGUUAGC